UCCUCCUCCUCCAGCAGCCAAAGGGAUUUUUUCCCCUUUCUUUUUUCUCUCUCUUUUUUUUUUCUUCCCCCCCUCCUUCAUUUUUCUCCUCCUCCUCUUCCUCCCCGCUGCGGAGCCGGGCGCCAGCGUGAAGGAUAAAUAAAAAGCGAAGAGGAAGAGGCUGGGGAGGAGGAGGAGGAGGAGGAGGAAGGGGGGGAGGAAAGAAGAAGAAGAAAGCGAGCAAGAAAAGAAAGCGAGGAGCCAGGCGGCCAGCCCAGCCGCGCCGCUCCCGGCAGCCAGGGCAGGAGGCGGCGGCGGAGCGGGGCCGGCGGCCGGCGAUGGAUGACCAGCCGCGGCUGAUGCACACGCACAGCGGGGUGGGGAUGCCGGGGCACCCGGGCCUGUCCCAGCACAUGCAGGAUGGACCAGGCGGGGCGGAGGGGGAGGCAGGCAGGAAGCAGGACAUCGGAGACAUCUUACAGCAGAUCAUGACCAUCACGGACCAGAGUUUGGACGAGGCGCAGGCCAGGAAACAUGCUUUAAACUGCCACAGGAUGAAGCCAGCGCUUUUUAAUGUCUUGUGUGAAAUCAAAGAAAAAACAGUGCUGAGCAUCCGAGGGGCGCAGGAAGAGGAGCCCACGGACCCCCAGCUGAUGAGGUUAGACAACAUGCUCCUGGCCGAGGGGGUGGCAGGUCCCGAGAAAGGAGGGGGCUCGGCCGCCGCUGCCGCCGCCGCYGCCGCGUCCGGAGGAGCCGGCUCCGACAACUCGGUGGAGCACUCCGACUACAGAGCCAAACUGUCCCAGAUCCGGCAGAUCUACCACACGGAGCUGGAGAAGUACGAGCAGGCGUGCAACGAGUUCACCACCCACGUGAUGAACCUGCUGCGCGAGCAGAGCCGGACCCGGCCCAUCUCRCCCAAGGAGAUCGAGCGGAUGGUGAGCAUCAUCCACCGCAAGUUCAGCUCCAUCCAGAUGCAGCUGAAGCAGAGCACGUGUGAAGCCGUCAUGAUCCUGCGCUCGCGAUUUCUGGACGCACGGCGGAAGAGACGAAACUUCAACAAGCAAGCCACGGAAAUCCUGAAUGAGUAUUUCUAUUCCCAUCUCAGCAACCCUUACCCCAGUGAGGAAGCCAAAGAAGAGCUAGCCAAGAAAUGCGGCAUCACAGUCUCACAGGUAUCAAACUGGUUUGGAAAUAAGAGAAUCCGGUACAAGAAGAACAUAGGUAAAUUUCAAGAGGAAGCCAAUAUUUAUGCUGCCAAAACGGCUGUCACGGCUACCAAUGUGUCAGCCCAUGGAAGCCAGGCUAACUCACCCUCAACUCCCAAUUCAGCUGGUUCUUCCAGUUCUUUUAACAUGUCAAACUCUGGAGAUUUGUUCAUGAGCGUGCAGUCUCUCAAUGGGGAUUCUUACCAAGGGGCCCAGGUUGGAGCCAACGUGCAGUCACAGGUGGAUACCCUUCGCCAUGUUAUCAGCCAGACAGGAGGAUACAGUGACGGACUCGCGGCAAGUCAGAUGUAUAGUCCGCAGGGCAUCAGUGCUAAUGGAGGUUGGCAAGACGCUACUACCCCAUCGUCGGUGACCUCCCCCACAGAAGGCCCUGGCAGCGUUCACUCUGAUACCUCCAACUGAUCUCCCAGCAAAUUGCAUCCCUGGCUGAGCCGGCCCCGGCGGGGGCGGGAGGGGAGGGGGCCUCUCCUAACACCGCAGCAGUCAGACUGGAGGUGAACCCAAUCAGCACACACAAGAAGACUCCUUCUCUUCUCUUCUCUUCGUCGGGAUGCUUUUUUCAGCCAAUCUGGACACUUCUUUAUACUCUCUUCCCUUUCUUUUCUGGGUAGAAGCCGCUCUCCCCCUCCCCGCCACCGCCACAACACCGCUCCCUUCCCCUCCCCUCUUCCCACCGAAGGUAGAAGGAUUUUAAGGAGGAAAAGCAAAAAUCCACCGCCACCACGCAAACCGACCCCAGAGCAGUGCACAGCCUCGUGCUGGGUGUCUUUCUGAGGAGCCACAAAUGUACCUCAGCCACGUCUCGCCCCCUCGCUAGCAGGCAGCCCCCUGCCCCUACCUCUCACGCUACCUCUCGUAGGGAAUCGCCACCAUAGGGAAUCUGCACCCACUAGUGCUUCCCCUCCUGCACCCAGCCCUGCCCUGCCCUGGUGAGCUGUCCCUCACGUGCCCCCGUGCACCUAGAAGGAGCCAGCGUGCUCCCCUUUGCUUCCAAAAGGUACCGUUCCCAUUCCCAGCCCCGGGAAAACUGCCAGCACCUCCCAAUCCCAGUCCUGCUCGGCCUCACAUCCUGCUGGCUGCCAUGAUCUGGAUGAACCAUGAGACCCUGCCAUCCUCCCUGCCUGUUGCUGGAGGGGAGAAGAGGAGGGAAGGAAGGGAGAGAGAGGUGGGUGAGAAGUGGCCAUCACUGGUAACGGUGGUGCCAACACCUCCACGGAGGCGUGUGGGAUCAGGCACGGAUGGGACACCAGCAGUUCUCUCAGAGCACCUGGAGAGGCUGGUGGUGGAGGUGUCCUGGUGAGGGCAGUGUCACGGGGUGUGGGCUCCUGUUCCUGGCACUGGAGAGGAGGAGCUGGGUUCCCCAGUGCGGGCAGCACCCRCAGAGGUUUGUGCCACCCCUGCGUUCCCAAAGCCCUGCCGAGGGCUGGAAGUGCUGGGCUGAGUGUCUCGGGUGCUUUUGGUGGUGCUUCCUGCCACAGGUUUGCUCUGUAGGAUGGGUGGGUGCCCCACUGGGGGAUGUCAGAGUGCUGAAGCUGCUGGUUUCACCCCAGGAGUCCCCMCAGGGCAGUGGCCAUGGCAGAACUCGUGGGAUUUUCUGCACAGCUUUUCUGGUGCGCUGCUGGGAAAAGCGGUGGUGGCUGGCAAGUGAGGCUUCAUCCUGCCCUUUGAGGCUGGUGCUGGCAGGASAUGGCUUUCAUGGGAGAGCAGCACCAGUUUUCCUGGGCAGUGGGCUGAGCUUCCUGCCAGGGUGGGGCUUUUGGCCAUGGGUUCUUCUGGGGGGCACGAGGAGGMUGAGCCAGCCUGCAUCAGGACCCUGGGUGCCAUGGGGACUGGUGUGGGUGCAGGAUGUCUGGCACCUCGGGAUGGAUCCUGGAGUCCCUUGGGGUCAGCACCUCAUGCUGUUGGAUGUCCAUGCCCACCCUGCCUGUGCUGGUCUCGACUGGGAGCUGCCAGAGCUGUGCCAAAAGUAAUUCCACCCUUUGCUGGAAUGUGUCCUUACGGUGGUGGUGUGGCCCCGGCUCUGACAAUGCUGUCACCUUGCAGUGCAGGGGCUUCGUGUGGCCAGYAGUGACACUUCCUGCUCCUUUUGUGUCCAUGCCUGCAGCUGUGGCAGGGCAGGGUGUGACAGGAGGGCCAUGGGCUGUCCCCCAGCUGUGUGUCAGAGCAUGGAGAAGGUGUUUUCCCUGCAAGGACAGUCGGGAGGUGCUGCCCACCGUCCCCAGCCCUGCACCUUCCCACUCUCCUCCUCUUCCCGUGGCCUCCCUCAGUGCUGCCUUUUGUCCACUUCCAGCUUGUUUUACACCAACAGUUCUGGCAAAGCRUUCCAGGGAUGCAGGACUGGGUCAGGCCUGUUCUCCCGAGCCCAGCAGUGUGGGAAUGCCACCACCCCCCUUGGAAACCCACUGGGAACGAGCCAAACCCACCAAAAAUGAGUUUGCAGGAGCCAGCCCACGCUGCCCUGCCCUGCUCUGCCCCUCCUGCCUGUCCCCCUGCCCAGGCUGGGCCCUUUGCUCCUCCAAGGUACUUUGCAAAUUCGCUCCUGGGUUCCCCAGCUGCUCCCUCCAGUUUGUGUUGGCGUAGCUGCUUGCUUGCCUUUUUUCUUUGCUUUGUUUUUAUUUUUGGGUUUUGUUUCUCCUCCCCUGUUCUCCUCCCCCAUUCUCUUCCCCUGCUCCAGCCCCGAGUGUUGUGGGGUUUUUUUCUUCUUCUUUUUUUAUUAUUUUUUUUUCUGCCCAGAAAAACCUGACUUCGAUACCAAAAAAACAAAACAAAACAAAACAAAAAAAAACCACAAAAAAACACAAACAAAAAAAAAAACUGCAGAAACUCAAAAAAAGUAAAAACUAAAAAAAAAAUCACAAAAAAAACUCGACGAUUCUUUCAGCUUUAUUAACAUUUUCCAUUGUUUCUUGCGAUUUGUGUCUCGUUCUUUGUAGUAUUGAUGAUAACGAACAUUUGAUAAUGAAUGUUCUUGUAUAUUCAGAUAAAGGAGAAAAAAAAAACCAAAAACGCAGUCGGAAUUUAAUAGUGUUUAUAAUAAAAGAAUAAAAAAUGACCCUCUUAGCACGCAAAAUUGAACAGGGGGAAGGUCCUGUCCCUGUUCUUUCUGUGGCAACAAGCGCUUCAUUCCUGUAUAGUUUAUAACAUCAAACUACCUACAUUCAUCCUCCUUUUUUUGUUUGUUUGUUUUUUCCCAUGGUUUGGUUUUUUUUCCAUUUUCUCGCAUUUGUGAAUUAGUUCAAGAAUGCUAGAAAAGUGUAGAGUUGUGCACACUCAUUUCUUCUUACACAAUGUUUAAAAAGUGACGGUAAUUCAUUUUGUAAAACUUUAAAAAGAAAAAAAAAUGGUUGGAAUAGUGAGCAUUAAUAGGUACAGUCUAACACUUUAUGUUUCUUAACGUUGAGACCCAGAAAUGAACCUUUUUAUUUUAUUUUUUUGGCAUUAUUUGGGAUGGGAGGGGGGGGGGCUUUGAUGAUGAURAUGAURAUGAUGAUGAURAUGAUGAURAUGAUGAUGAUGAUGCUGAGUUUAUUUUGACCUGUCCAAGACGAUGGCCUUGUCGCUUCCCCCACGCUUUUGAGCUGUGACCAGAGUGAUGUGAAAAGUGAUGGUGAUGUUUUUGGGGGGAUCGUUUCUCUUCUCCCCACUCCUUUGGAGUUCCAGUUCCAGCAGUUCCUUGUGUGGCUGCUCUGGGGCCGAGCAAUGGGAUUACAUCUCCCAAGAGAGACGGAAUUCCGAGGGUUUUGGGGAGGGGACGGGGACUCAGGCCCUGAGCCCCCAUGGGUCUCCAUGCUGGGGGUGUUGCUGAGCUGCCUGGAAAUGAUGAAAGGGCAGGAAUCCUUCCCAAAAUGUGUGCAAGCCUGUGCGCCCUGCCCUGAAUCCCGGGGUCCCAAAACUGAAGGAUUCACAGCAAGGAAUGUUCCAACCUCAUUUCCCCCAUGGACCUUGCUGAGGAUGGGCUCUCGCAGCCUGACCUCUAGCCCUGGCUGCAUCAGAGUGCUGAGAUGGGACGAGUGGUGGGAUGUGGCCAAAAUGUCCCCAAAUGCAGCCCCAAAUCCCGGUGGCUGCGGAGUGGGGUUCAGGGAGAAGCGCUGAGGAAGGUGCGGGUUGGCACCGCUUCAGUUCUCUCUUAAAACGUUUUCCUGCUCUUCCCAAAAAUCCUGAGCUUUUCACAUCACUGACCAGUUAAGGGUUUGGGGUGUUACUUUUAAUCCCAAGGUUUCCUGGAGUCCUUUUGUUUUCAUACACCUUUGUUAUUAUUAUUAUUUUAUUAUUAUUAAGACGAUGUAAAUCAGACAUUGCCUGGGGGGGUUGGUUUUGUUGGUUUGCUUUUUUUUGUUCUUGCAAAGCCCUUUCUAUCCCUUGUAAAGGUGAUCCAGUUUGGAGUUGCUUUUUCUUUUCUAUUUUUUCCCCCCAUCUUUUUUUUCUCUCUUCCUAAUGGAUUCCAAAAAAAAA